AUGCUUUCGAGAACUAGCGUUGCUCGGGCUGGUGCCCGUAUGGCACGGUCGUACUCUGCCGUUACCCUCGAUUCGAAGGUCAACAUGAACGUGUGGGAAAAGGAUACUUUUGUCAACUACAAGAAGAACCUUGAGAACGUCAAGAUUGUCAAGGAGCGUCUUGGCCGUCCUUUGACCUACGGUGAGAAGAUUCUAUACGGCCACUUGGACAACCCGCACGAGCAGGAGAUCGAGCGCGGUGUUUCUUACCUCAAGUUGCGCCCCGAUCGUGUUGCUUGCCAGGAUGCGACCGCCCAAAUGGCUAUCCUGCAGUUCAUGUCUGCUGGCAUGGACAAGGUCGCAACCCCCUCCACUGUGCACUGCGACCACUUGAUUCAGGCCCAGACCGGUGGUCCUGAGGACUUGGCUCGUGCCAUCGACAUCAACAAGGAGGUCUACGACUUCCUCGGCUCUGCCACCUCCAAGUACAACAUGGGUUUCUGGGGCCCCGGCUCUGGUAUCAUCCACCAGAUCAUCCUUGAGAACUACGCCUUCCCCGGUGCUCUUCUCAUCGGUACCGACUCCCACACCCCCAACGCUGGUGGUCUUGGCCAGCUUGCUAUUGGUGUCGGUGGUGCUGAUGCCGUCGACGUCAUGGCUGACUUGCCCUGGGAGCUCAAGGCGCCCAAGUACAUUGGUGUCAAGCUCACUGGCCGCAUGAGCGGCUGGACCUCCGCUAAGGAUGUCAUCCUUAAGGUUGCCGGCAUCACCACCGUCAAGGGUGGUACCGGUGCCAUUGUCGAGUACUUUGGCGACGGUGUCGAUGCUCUUUCUUGCACUGGUAUGGGUACCAUUUGCAACAUGGGUGCUGAGAUUGGUGCCACCACCUCCGUUUUCCCCUUCAACAAGAGCAUGGUCGACUACCUUAAGGCCACUGAGCGCUCUGCUAUUGCUGACUUUGCCCAGCUCUACCACAAGGAGCUCUUGUCUGCUGACGAGGGUGCCGAGUACGACCAGUUGAUCGAGAUCGACCUCAACACUCUCGAGCCCUACGUCAACGGUCCCUUCACUCCCGAUUUGGCCACCCCCAUCUCCAAGAUGAAGGAGGUUGCCGUUCAGGAGGGCUGGCCCCUGGAGAUCAAAGUCGGUUUGAUCGGCUCUUGCACCAACUCCUCUUACGAGGACAUGUCUCGUGCCGCCAACAUCGCCCGUGACGCCAUGGCCCACGGUCUUAAGGCCAAGUCUAUCUUCACCGUUACCCCCGGUUCCGAGCAGGUCCGUGCUACCAUCGAGCGUGAUGGCCAGCUCCAGACCUUCCUUGACUUUGGCGGUAUUGUCCUUGCUAACGCUUGCGGCCCCUGCAUUGGUCAGUGGGAUCGUCGUGACAUCAAGAAGGGUGACAAGAACACUAUUGUCUCUUCUUACAACCGUAACUUCACUGGUCGUAACGACUCGAACCCCGAGACCCACGCCUUUGUUGCCUCCCCCGACGUUGUCACUGCCUUUGCCAUUGCCGGUGACUUGCGCUUCAACCCCAUGACCGACUCUCUCAAGAGUGCCGACGGCAAGGAGUUCAUGCUUGCUGAGCCCAAGGGUGACGGUCUGCCCUCCAAGGGCUUCGACCGCGGCCAGGAUACUUACCGCGCUCCCCCCGCUGACCGCAGCACCGUUGAGGUCAAGAUCUCUCCUACCUCCGACCGUCUGCAGAAGCUGACUCCCUUCAAGCCUUGGGACGGUACUGACGGUAAGGACAUGCCCAUCCUUAUCAAGUCUCUUGGCAAGACCACCACUGACCACAUUUCUCAGGCCGGUCCUUGGCUCAAGUACCGUGGUCACUUGCAGAACAUCUCCAACAACUACAUGAUUGGCGCCAUCAACGCUGUUAACGGCGAGGCCAACAACGUGCAGAACGUCUUCACCGGCAAGUGGGACGGUGUUCCUGAGACCGCUAUCGCCUACCGCGACCAGGGUGUCCGCUGGGUUGUUGUUGGUGGUGAGAACUUUGGUGAGGGUUCUUCUCGUGAGCACGCCGCUCUCGAGCCCCGCUACCUCGGUGGCUUCGCCAUCAUCACCAAGUCGUUCGCCCGUAUCCACGAGACCAACUUGAAGAAGCAGGGUCUGCUGCCCCUUAACUUCGUCAACCCCGCCGACUACGACAAGAUCAACCCCGAGGACCGCAUCGACCUCGUUGGCCUUAACGAGCUUGCCCCCGGCAAGAAUGUCAAGAUGGUCGUCCACCCUAAGGAUGGUGCCGCUUGGGAGACCGAGCUGUCCCACACUUACAACUCUGAGCAGAUCGCUUGGUUCAAGGCCGGCUCUGCUUUGAACCGCAUGGCCGAGCUCCACCGCGAGAGUGCUAGCGCUUAA